GAGGUCCACGCCAACUCCGAGCAGUGUCGUUCUGAAGCACCACAACGCCUCCUGACGGUCGGCCGGGAUGUCAAAACCCACAAUCAUAGCGUCGUUUGCGGUGUCCCACAUCAUCUUCUCUGGUCCCCUUCGCAACGCAUUCAAUACCGUCCGCGCCCGGCCAUUGAGAAUCGCUGGAAGGGCCGUCAACUCACCCCGGUUCGUCCGUAUCCCCGCCGGCUCUGCGACGUCCCCAAACUCCUCCAGGAACCGACCGAUCCGUUGCGUGCGCGUGCAGAAUCCGAACUGAAUUCAAGCCAAGUCGUGAUUGAGCAUCGUUGGGUGAACGCGCCUGCAUUGAAAGAGGGACUCCGGGAUUUCGCGUUCCUCAUGGAAUGCUGUGAACCAGGCACAAUACCGGAACCACAGCUGAUUGCCGCUCUGUUAGAUUUGGACGCACCGGUGGUUGCUCGUGCGUGUCUUUUGCUGGAAUGUGCCAGUCUGGUGCAUCGAUGUAAUCGCGGUGAAUGGGCCAGUUGGAUGAAGUUUAAUCUGCCGAGCACUUUUCAACCCGGUACCGCCAGUUCCGUUCACACUGGUCAGAAAGUGAGUCCGGGAGCGGGGGGUUCUACCGGAUCAACUGGUGUGCCGGAUAUGAUGGUGGCAAAACGGAAUGCGGGCGCUCUUUUCCAUGCAUGGGGCGAGGCUUUGGGUUGCCGUAUCCGAUAUUUUAUCAAUCAGAUGAUCGCUAAUAACAACCAUUCCACAUCAAGCACAACCGCGGGCACUGGUCCUAUCAGCGGUACUGUCGUCAGUGGUGUAGGGUCUGGUGCAGCUGCUUCUGCGGGCCCGAGUGGUAGUGGUAGCGGCAAUGGUGGAAGCACGUCAAGUAAUACCGCAGCGGACAGACAUAAGGACUGUACUGUUCGGCAGUUCUCUGCUCUUGAAACCGAAGAAAACUUUUUGGACGACGCUUCGGUCAAUCCAACGGGUGAGAGCUGUCCUUAUGCUCUGCUGGCUGUCGGCGUUCAAUUAUUGUUAGAAAUCACCACGUAUUUGCGCGAGAUGCAUCCUCGUUUACCUCCGGCCUCCAGCGGUGACGAUAAGCACAAGGUGAGCAGUGAUCAGGGUCCGGGUGUAUCCACACCGGGGACCGGGAGCAUCAGUGGCCCAUCGAGUUCAAAACGCGGACCGGGGCGAGAGUCGGGCACAGAUCGAAGCUACGGAAAAUCCUCAGGUUCUUCCGGUCCACGAGCCUCAUUUCGAGCGGCUCGUCGACGGCUGAGUAUCUUGAUGCCGAUUUUUGGAUCUGGUGGAUCGGUGAAUGCGGAAGAAAGUACCGCUGAACUGGAUGAGGAAAAUUCGAGUGUACUAGAACAAGCAACAACUGGUCGUCGUACCCUGGGAUCGCGUCGUAUCAGUUUCGCUGUGUUCAGUGAAAAUAAAGAACGCCGAAACUCUCUGCUUGGAAGCGCAAGUUCCCUGGACAGAUCACCAGAUUCCGUUUAUGGACGCUUCGGUGGUCGAUUCAGUAUGCGCGCACGCUCGAACAGUGGUGAGGCGUACACCAAACUACUUCCCGACGUGGAAGAUCAGAGCACAUCCCAGGCGUCAGACGAGGAUACCAAACAAAGUGACACAGAGGUAUCACGUUCCGCUAGUGCGAAACAGCCGAAACCUGUUAAACAGACUAGUGAAUUGCGCCAGAAUCGACCCAAGUCACAGAAUGCGGCCUCUCGUGCACGGGCUGCGGAAGACCAGAUGAAGACACAUUCCGCUGUUCGACGUUCCGUAUCGGCUGCAGUGACCACCAGGCGACAACGGGCACCAAGCAUUUUCUCCCCAAACACCGCUACUGCUGGUGAUAGCAUCGGUGUGGAUCAGAUCGCCUGCUCAACGAACAUGCCUUGGAUCGAUCCCGUGAUUGAAUUUUUGAACUAUUGUGAUCAUCAAAACUACUGUUUGCCAAACUGUUUCGAAAGACAACAGCACCAGUGCCGAGCACUAAUGAACGCGGUGAACCGGAUUUACGGUUCUGAUAUUGAGCACAGUUUUGUGAAAUCAAUCGAACUUCAACUCGGUGCGAGCAUUGGUGAUAAUACGGCUCGUUCAUGGACCGAGGAGAGUGUUGUGGCUCGACCACGCAGUGAACCACCAGGUCGAUCGAUCGAUCUAUCCGACGAGUCUAGUGACUCAGAACCGUCUUCCAGGGCCGGUUCUGGGGAGGAUGUAUCGGUCGGUUCGGACGGGAACUCGUUUGGUCACAAUUCAAUCGGCACAACACAGGCUGGUUCCAAACUUGGAACGGGGAAAUAUGCCGUGGGCAGAGGAGAAUUUCACACAGUUCGCUCCCACGAAGGAUUGUCCAGGCUGCAAAAAUCCGGUGGAGGUGACAGUGAUGUGGAUUUGCAUGCGUUACUGCUUCAACGAACAGACUCAAUUGCACCACUGGAGAUGCACAAGUCUCGUUCAACGCUGUUCACAAAAGCGGUGCGUCGAAAAGUAAGGGAAACCGAUCUAAAAAUGAGUUUUUNUUUUUGGUUUAUUGUUAAGAUACUGCUAUUUCAAUAA